AUGGCGGAGGCACUAGCCAUUGUAGGCCUCGCGUCUAACAUCAUCUCGUUUGUUGAUUUCGGCUUCAAGGUCGCUUCCGAAGCGCGUAAUGUGCGCGAUUCGCUACACGGAACUACGGCUGAAGUUCGUGAGCUCGAAUUGAUCGUAGAUGAAGUUAGUCGUUACAACAAACUCAUCACACAGCAGAAGGAUGGUGGCCGACGGCUAACAAACGAUGAGGAACGGAUAUUGGAGAUGGCCGGACAGUGCGAAAGGGUAGCGAAUGAUCUACGCAAGGCUAUCAAAAAACUACAUAUGCGUAAAGGACGCUCGAAAACAUUGGAAAGCAGUCGUGUUGUUUUCCAGGGAUGGUGGAAACAAAAGGAUCACAUUGCGGUCCUGCUGAGAAGGCUGGACAGCCUGGAUCAGAGGCUGCGAAGGCAUAUAGAAAACGUCAUUCGAAGUGAGCACCACUCGGCCAUAUCCGCCGAGCUGGAUAGUAUCAAGAGGGCGCAGCAAAGUCUUAACAUCAAUUACGAUGCGAAGAUGGAUCUCCUGCGGGAUGAGAUACUUGACAUUGUACAUCAAACAGGAGCCCAACAAGCAGAUACUUACCAGAUCGAUCCUCGUGAGAUAGAUGCUCAAGAGAUCACCUUGCGAAUUGCACAGCUUUCCAGCCUCAAGACCAAAUUCGAAGUACUUCCCAAGGAACACCAGGCAUGCAUUCAGCAGAACAAAGUGAUUAGGAGUUUAUACUUCCCAGUCAUUCGCAGACGGUGGAGCCAGAUACCACACGCGGACGAGGCCUCGAAUGCCUGGGUGUUUGAUGAUACACUCACGCCAUUCAAUGACUGGCUAGGUAGCAAGAAGGAUUCUGAUGGUUUAUUUUGUAUUACUGGUCGGGCAGGAAGUGGAAAGUCCACGUUACAAAAGUUCAUCGCUGAGGAUCGACGCACGACGGAAACUCUAGAAGAGUGGGCUAGACCAGCCCAACUUUGCACCGCCAGCUAUUAUUUCUGGAACCAAGGCUACGAAAUGCAGAAGAGUCAGGUUGGAAUCUUCCAAUCGCUGCUCUACCAGAUACUCAAGGCAAUACCCAGGUUAAUACCAAUUGUGUGCCAAGAAAGGCCAGAGCACGAGAUCUGGGAAACUGAUGAACUUAAAGCGGUCUUCGAACGUAUCGCUGCACAAACCGACCUUGAAGUCAGAUUCUGCUUCUUUGUGGAUGGCUUGGACGAGUAUAAUGGAGCGGAGGAGGAUAUUGUCGAAGUUCUGAAAUUCCUCUCUGCCUCGAAAGCCAUCAAAAUAUGUGCUUCUACGCGUCCUCGGUCAGUGUUCGAGAAGUUCUUCAGUGACACUUCUCGUACAUUUGAUAUCGCGAACUUUACGAAGAUGGACAUGGGAAGACAUGUUCGGCUUCGACUUUAUGAGAAUGCGAAUUUUCGGCGACUGGAGACAACAGAGUUCGCAUGCGAAGAUUUAAUGAAGCGUGUUGCGGAGCUCGCACAGGGCGUCUGGUUAUGGGUUUUUCUGAUCACCCGUGACCUCGAACACGCCAUUAAUCGAGAUGAGGGAGUCACGACAUUGUGGAAGAUUGUCAAUCAAUUCCCGUCCGACCUGGAAGCGUAUUUUGAACGCAUUAUCCAAUCGGUCCGGCCUCAAUAUCUGGAGGAGAUGUCACAAAUCUUCCUGAUUACGGUGGAUGAGCUACAACCUCUCCCGCUUUACGCCUUCUCCUUACUUGAGAAACAGCGCCUGGACGAUAGCUUCGCGGUGAAAGCACCAAUACAGCCUAUAUUUGAAGAGAACCUACUAGGCCAAUAUCCGCGAUGGAAGUCGCUUAUCCAGAACAGAUGCAGCGACCUCCUUGUAGUCAACGACGAACUACACCCCUUGUUCCUUAGUCACCCAGUCGACUUCCUCCAUCGAACGGUCCGUGACUUCUUGCAGGACAACUAUCACCAACAGUUGAGAGAUAAUCUCAAGAAUGAGUUCAGCGCUACAGCUACGUUGUGCAAGAUCUGUCUUGUCUUGCUUAAAUCAUUACCGAUCAUGGACUUCAAGAGCCCUAAAUCGAUAAAUCAAGUCAUCGGUCUGACGGACGAGUUAUUGUACUACGCUUACGAGACUGAACGCUUGGAUCAGUCGUCAGAUGUGCCUCUUGUGGAUGUGCUCGAUGAGGUAGACCGCACUAAUUCUCACCACGCAAGUGGAAUCAGAAAUCACUGGACGCAUGCCCGUGACUCAGUACCUGCGCGGGGUCUGGACGUAUAUCGAGAGGGUGAUAGCUGUAAUUUCCUGGCUUUGGCAGUACAAUCGCGUCUCGUCAAGUACGUCCGUGAGAAGUUGAGGGCCGAACCGAGCAAGAUGCAAAAGCACGGACGGCCGCUACUCGAUUAUGCGCUUCGACCGCGCCGAUCGACCCCAGUAAGCAUGCCAUAUCACUCUAAACGGGAAGAUCCUAGCGUCAACGUCGAGAUGAUAGAGUUGUUGCUAGAGAACGGUGCAGAUCCGAACCAGGCCGUGCAUCCGAAUAACAGCAAAACCGUGUGGGCCCUAUUCCUUCUAUCAAUGUACGAGUCUACAAAUCGUGCGACGGGUACCACUAAAAGUUCAAAUAUCCCGCCGAGCUUGACAGAAGCAUGGUAUCAAGCUUGUGAACUGCUGAUUCAACAUGGUGCCCAUAAGAACUGCGCGCUAGUGAGCAAAAUUCCGAAUCUGACAAGACAGGCUAUUCUGGAGGGAGCUUUUGGAACCGCAAGAGCGGAGGCUUUGGAAGAGCUGUUAGACGAACACGCGAGAGAUGUCAAAACGUCGACUGGGUCAUGCGCCGUCAUGUAG